AUGGCUAAACCGUUGCAAACACUUCUUUCGGCACCAACAAACUCCGGAAGAAGAGAUGGUCAGUUUAGCUUCAUACCAUCUCGAAGGAAUUGCUUCAUACCAUCUCGAAGGAUUUGCCAACUUUGGUACAUGCAGUUGCUGGAUGACAUUCCGAAUCCCUCUUGGGCUGAGUUUUUCUCACCAAAUGUUAACCUCCGUUUUUGGGGUAACCUCCGUUUUGGGCCUCCAAUCCGCAGCAACAAACUUGGUGAAUUAGCUAAACUGAAGCAAACGAGGUCUAUCGCGGACUACCAGAAUCAGUUUGAGACUCUUGUGUCCCGGGCUGGAACUCUCACUCAACACCAGAAGGUCCAAUUAUACCUCAGUGAUUUACAAGACUCCAUUGCGGUUGAAGUGGAGCUUCACCAUCCCACUGAUUUGGUUAAUGCUAUGAGCAUUUCUCAGCUGUAUGAAUGCAAACUGUUUCCACGUUCUUCAGCUGCGAGAGAUACUAGUCGCGCUGCAAUUCCACCUGACAACCGCGCCAAUCGGACAGUGAGGAGGCUGUCGCAUGAUGAAAUGGAGGAGAGGCAGAAGAAAGGACUCUGUUUUAAUUGUGAUGAGCAGUUUGUUCGAGGCCAUCAAUGUAAGAAAUUGUUCUGGAUUGAUUUGGAAGAGACGGAAGAUGUAGAGGAUUUCACAGCUGAUCCAAAAAUUUCUUUGAAUGCCAUUACUAGAAUUCGAAAUCCUCAGUCCAUGAGGUUGAUAGGUAGCUGGAUGCUUGGGCAAGUCUUAAUCCUCAUCGACUUUGGUAGCACUCACAGUUUUGUUUCUGCCGCAAAGGUUGAGGAACUGAAUGCUGUGGUAAACAAACAGAAUGGUUUAAAGGACACAUUGCCAAUGGCGAGCAACUUACUAGCCCAGGGCCACUUAGUGAAAUUGCAGGGUAUUACUUCUUCAAGCUCUUCCCACGGUUCAAAUCUGAACAAUAGGCAGAUUUCAUCUGUUCCAGACAUCCAACUCCAGAAAUUAUUGGCGAAAUUUGCUUCCUUAUUCAAUGCUCCUACUGGGCUACCCCCUAGCAGAUCUUGUGAUCAUCGUAUUCCCCUAAUCCCUGGAGCUGGUCCUGUGGUAGUUCAACCGUACCGUUACCCUCAUGGUCAGAAGGACGACCUCAUGGUCAGAAGGACGAGAUUGAAAAGCAAUGCGCUGCAAUGUUACAGCAGGGAAUCAUCCGUCCCAGCCGUUCCCCAUUCUCGUCGCCGAGAAUUAAACACCAAAACCAUCAAAGACAAAUUCCCUAUUCCGGUUAUCGAUGAAUUAUUGGAGGAAUUAGGUGGAGCUAAGUUCUUCUCAAAGUUAGAUCUGCUUUCGGGUUGCUUUCAGGUGGGGAUGCAUCCUGCUGAUAUUGAGAAAACAGCAUUCCGCACUCACCACGGACACUUUGAAUUCUUGGUGAUGCCAUUUGGAUUAUCCAACUCUCCCUCAACUUUUCAGGCCCUAAUGAACGAGAACCAAUUGGUCCUUAAACGGUCGAAGUGUGUCUUCGGUCAAUCUCAGAUUUCCUAUUUGGGUCAUAUUAUUUCUUCCCAAGGAGUGCAGGUGGAUCAGUCCAAAAUUGCUACUAAGUUAAAGGCGGCCUUGACAUCUACUCCAAUCCUGAUUCUACCGAAUUUUGAUCUAACUUUUGUUAUAGAAUGUGACGCUUCUAGUACAGGGAUUGGAGCAGUCUUGUUACAACAUAACCAGCCAGUCACAUAUUUCAGCCGUUCCUUGGCAGCUCAUCAUCAAAAUCUUUCGGCUUAUGAGCGAGAAUUGAUUGGCUUAGUGAAGGCAAUAAAGCAUUGGCAUUCCUAUCUGUGGGGACGUGAAUUUAUUGUUCGGACCAAUCAUUACACAUUGAAAUAUUUGCUUGAGCAGCACCAUCUCUCAGCAACUCAACAACAUUGGAUUAGCAAGCUCCUGGGUUUUUUUUUUACUGUUGAAUACAGGACUGGCAAAUCUAAUCUGGUGGCAGACGCUCUUUCUCGACGGAAUGCUGAUGAUUCAAUCCUUAUGGCUGUUUCCAUGCCUCAACUCAGUUUGUUUGAUGAAAUUCGGAAGGAACAUAGUGAUUCACCAGCAAUUCAGCAACAAAUCUCUACAAUUACCAAUGGAGCAGUCGCUUCAAAUGGGUUUUUCGGGAUGGGUUACUCUUCUAUAAUAACAGAGUUUACCUGCCUUCCGAUUCCCCAUCAAUUCAGCUGGUCGUUAGUGCUCUUCACAACCAAAGUCAUGAAGGUUACCAGAAGACAUUAUACAGAAUCACUAGAGAUUUCUAUUAGCAAGGGAUGA